AUGAUUUAUAUAGUGUCUGUUUCUAUAAUAGUGUUGGUUUUAGGAUUGGUAGCUGUUGCUUCAAAUCCUUCUCCUUUUUAUGCUGCCUUAGGGUUGGUAUUAGCGGCCGGGGCUGGAUGUUUAGUUAUUGUUAGCUUUGGGUCUUCAUUUUUGUCUAUUGUUCUUUUUUUGAUUUAUUUAGGUGGGAUGUUAGUAGUGUUUGCCUAUUCUGCAGCACGCGCGAAACCUUAUCCUGAAGCAUGAGGAAGUUGGUCAGUUGUAUUUUAUGUGUUGGUAUAUUUAAUUGGUGUAUUAGUGUGGUAUUUAUUUUUAGGAGGAGUUGAGGUAGAUGGAAUAAAUAAGUCUAGUGAGCUAGGAAGUUAUGUUAUGCGUGGUGAUUGGGUAGGGGUGGCUUUAAUAUAUUCGUGUUGGUGGGUGAUUAUUGUUUAUUGGUGGGUGAGUAUUAUUAUUAACUUUGUUUGUGGUAUUUGAGUUAACUCGAAGUCAAUAUGGUGGGAGUCUUCGUGCGUUAGA